UCGGACUCGGUCGUCGUCGUAAGCGGCCGAAAUAAUUCACGAAAUAUUAUAUUGUUGAAAGGCAUGGAGUAUAGCUUACUAAAUUAUUGUGUUCAGUGAAUGCAAACGCGUGUGUGGUUUAAUUGAUAUAAUCGUAAGCGCAGUUAUCGACAAUAAAAUGUCUUUUGUUAACAUAAAGAAGCAAUAUCUAGCAAUGGGAAUGUUAGUUUUCGUCUUACUGUUUUUAUUUAAUAACAAGCCGGCUUUUCAGUGUCAAUUUAGUCCUGAAAUGUCUAGUUAUUUGCCGCCGAUAUACGGAAUUACACCGACAUACGCUCGUCUCGCACAGAAAGCUGAUCUCACAAGGUUAUCACAAACAUUGUCAUUGGUGAAGAAUUUUCACUGGAUCGUCAUCGAGGAUUCAGAGACCAAGACAAAAUUGGUAGAGAAUCUCCUAAAAGAGUCCUCACUCAAAUACACACAUCUCAAUGUGAAAACACAUAAGGCGAAACAUUCCACGGCAAGUGGAGUGGAACAAAGGAAUGCGGCACUGGAAUGGCUUAGAGGUUAUUUAGAAACAGCGGAGGACAAAAAAGGUGUGGUUUACUUCAUGGAUGAUGAUAACACAUACUCUCUGAAAGUAUUUGAAGAGAUGCGGAAAAUCAACAAAGUAGGCGUGUGGCCAGUGGGCAUCGUCGGUGGGAUGCGUGUGGAGAUGCCGCUAGUCACCAACGGCAAAGUGACUGGCUUCAAUGCGGUCUGGAAGCCCUUCAGACCGUUCCCGAUCGACAUGGCCGGGUUUGCUAUCAACGCCACCUUGUUCCUUGAUCAUCCAGACGCGAAGUUCUCGAGGAAGGUGCAGUCUGGAUUCCAGGAGAGCGAAAUAUUGAAAUAUUUCACAACGAAAGAAGAGAUGGAACCGCUAGCCGACAACUGUACCAAAGUGUACGUAUGGCACACACGCACACAGAAACCUUCUAUACUCAACGUGAAGAAGUUGAAACACACACCUGUACCGGACGAUCAUAUCGAGGUAUGAUUUGGUUGUUGUUAUAAUGUUGAAACGCGCGGUAAAAUGAACUCUAUGUUCAUAUAUAUUUGGUCUCUAAACCGCUAGUUUUUCGCGGAUUUAGGAUUACAAUUUGGCGGAAUAAAAUAUUGGAGAAAUUUCCUAAUUGGAAUAGGUACAGGUUUUUUCUUUAUGUAGUACGAAAAAUGUAUGUAAUAAUAUUGUGUAGGGGCAUGGUACCCUAAAUAAUUUUUUGAUUUUUUAUGACACUCCUUGUUUUUUUUUAAUAUCGGCUUGAAUGUGAACAAAUUAUGUUCCAGUCACUUAAAUUUAGAAAUUCAAGAAUAAUGAGUUUUUUUUUUAAUUUAUUUAUUGGUAACGAAAAAUAAAUAUUUUUAUUAUUUUACUAAACAAAUUUGAAUGACUAUAUAUAAAGUAUGCAACAUGUUAUUUUGAACUUGAUCGCGUGAAACUUUUUAAUUGUGGAGAAAGGUUAAUAAAUUGUGAAUAAUACGUAUACUCAGAAAAGAUACGAAGUGUACUUUGAAAAGUAGUGGAGGCUUAUAAAAUUAAAUUUAAGUCUUUACUAAAAUUAUAUUGACAAGAAUACAAUAAUUUAUGGUGAUUGUCGCUUCAUUUACAAAAAAUAUUUUAGUAACCAUUAUUUUAUACAUCAAAAUUUCCUUUUUUUUUUCAUUCAAAAUAUAAUAAGUCGAUUACUUAUAUAAUCACUUUGAUGAAUUAUUAAAGUUUUUGUCAUUUCAAAUUCAUUUAUAAAUUAUUAUUCGUUCAGCUUUUGGCUCGCCACUCAGAUUACUUAUGCGUAAUAUAAGAAUAUAAUCACAUAAAUUGAAGAUCAAAUGCUAAGCUUUUGCCGUAAAAAAAGGCUAAUUAAUUAUUCGGUUUGAUAAUAAUCAUUGAAAAUUUAUACUAAAAUGGCAUUGUCCGCAUACAUUAAUCAUAGCUGAUAUUUUAGUAUUUUAAUUGAAAUACAAUGCAAUAUGUUAGUAAUUUAUUUAUUCCUGAUGAACAAAAUAAUUCUAAUAUAAAUAUUUAUUUAUUUCAUUCGACAAUCGAUUAAUAUAUUUUGUUGUUUAAAUAAGAGGCUAACACCUCAUUUUAAUUAAUAAAUUCGUGUUGACUCGUGUAUCACAUCACAACAUAAUAAAUUAUCUCAUUAAAAUAAACAUUUUCCAAUGAGCUCAGUAUUAAAUUUAAUUACAUUUAAUACUUUAGAUUUAAUUGUGACAAAAAUGUAUAUUCUUUGCACGAAUAGUAAACGCUAGAUGAUUUAUUUGUAAUAAUUUUUAAGGCAACGUUUAGAUCCAGGGCUGGCGCUUAUAUGGCGGAGCGCAGCGCAGAGAUUAUUUUUGCUUUGCUCCGCCAUAUAUGCGUCUGCCUUAAAUCGGGUAUUUCGACGCAAAGAAGCCAUUUAUUAAAUUAUCUAAUUUAUGGCCCCAUUAACGUGUGAGUUCUAGAAUGUCAAUCGCUAUAAGGCUUUGCGAACGAAUCUAGGUGGGCAACGGCUUGACAUUGGCAUCUGGCAUUGCUUUAGUCCAUGGACGGCGGAUGCUGCUUAACAUCAGGCCGACCGCUCGCUCUUUUGCCUACUAAGGCUAUAAAAAAAAAAACUACAACUUAAUUAAUAAAUAUUAUCCCACAAUAAAUGUUGCCUUAAAGAUUAAACAGUACACAGUAUGUUCAAUAUGUAUAAUUACUGUAGAUUAAUACUAGUCUUCUUUUUUUAUAUAUUUUGAUAAAGUAUAGUGAAUUUUGUAGAUACUAUAUUAAUUAUUAGGCGCAUUAUUUUAUUUAGAAUGUAGUAGAUAACAUUUUGCUAAGUGGUGACAGGGUGGCGGCUGUAUGUGGCGGUCAUUUCCGUGCUUUUAACUUCCUGUCCGUUACAAUAAAUUCGAAUUUUAAAAAUCCUAAUGCUAUACAUGGUGGUUAUAAAUACUGCAUUUUAUUAAUAAAAACACAAAUAAUACUGUCUUUUAAGUAUAUUUUGUGUUUUUAAAUAUUUGUUUAGUCUCGAAAUUUAGUAACUACUAUGUAUUUUUUUAGGGUUGACAUAAUCAAUGUAUUGAAUCAGUAUACAAUUGUGUACCUCCAUGUAACCUCUAUAUUAAUAUCUCCCUUAGUGCCAUCUCAAUCUACGAACAAUCCUGCUUUAUACUCAUUUAAAACCUCAAAUAUUAUUAAGAUGAAUAAUAUAUGUCGUAAAAUAGGGGAUUGUCUACUAUCGCAAUAAAUAUGGCGUUUAAUAUUACACGAAAUCAAAUUAAUAUGUGAAACGUCUAAUUAUUGCGUUAUAUAGUGACUAUGUCUAAUGUCUCGAAAGGCGAUAAUAAUUGUUGAUAUUAAUUGACGUAAGUGUCUAAGUGUAAAUGGAAAAAAAUGCAUAACGGCCGUUUUCAAAAAACGAUCCUAAUCUCAAUCUUCAAUCCGAUUCCGAGAAUGAACCAAUCAAAAUAAAUAGCUCAUUGGUAAGCAUGUCAUAAAGACUUUGUUCUGAUUGGUCCAUUUUUGAAAUAUAUAAAAAAAAAAACAAUUGGGAUCUUUUUGAAAAUGGCGGUUAGUCGAUAAUAACUCCUAUCAUUCCCUUCUCAAGACUGAAUUGAGUCUUUUGCAAGACAAUUGGUAUUAUUUGACAAUUCCCUACUAACACACAUAUUUUAAAACUUCUUACAUGUUUUAUAAAAAAUAUGACACGUGUUUAAAGAUUUCAGUUUUGUUUGUCUAUUUUGACGACACUUGGAAUAGACAAGCAAAAUGGUCUAUGCUGAGUUUUAUUAGUAUAAUUUAUAGUAAAUAAUUUUGUUUAUUUGUAAUAUUUAUUUGAUGCCACAGAGUAUAAUAUUGAUUCAGAUUAAUAGCUAAGUCAAUAUACUUCGCAAUUCUUUUUUUUAAUGUCCUUUAAGUAAUCUAUUUCCAUAAAAUUAAGGUAAUUUGGAUUACUACUAUAUUAUUGCAGAUUUCUGAAGUUAUCAUACCAAAAAUUUAUAUCCUUAAAAAUACGUCAUAAUAUUAAAGUGUUGUUUAAAAUUAGGUCUAGUAACAUAAGAGUUCUGUAACAUUGCCUUCGUUCUAUUGUGAUAAAUAAAAAGCAUAUGAGUAGUUGAAGAUAUUGUCACUACUAUGUUAGAAGCAAUAUGAGCGAUAUUCACAAGACACUUAUUAGUUGUCCAUUUUCACCAUUAACUAUACUUACCUAUAUACCCUUUUAUGAAUAAAAUAUACUUAGUAAUGUUAUAUAACGCAUAAUAAUUUAGAUUGUAACGUGCUCAAAUAAAUCGUAUCGGUCUAAACUUGAUUCCUUUAGUGUUUAAUAAAAAUGUUUGUACUUACAUGUUUGUAGGCGUUUUUACACAUAUUAGAAAUCUCACUUAACCUUAGUGGCUCGUGUGAGUUUAUUACUUUAUUUUUGUGAAUCUAGCACUGCCUUUAUAUUUCCGAAAUAGAUUGUGACGAAUUUGUAUAUAGUGCAAUGUAUGCUAAACUUCAAAUGGAUGUAUACAUGAAACGAAGACGUUCCAUAUUAGUUACUAGAGUAAGGUUAGGGGGCCUUAUUCCGUCUAAAAUAAGGGCGAAUCUGUCAUGCAAUUUCGGGCGUUUUAUCCUAAGGAUAGUUUCGAUAGCUGUACACGUAAGAGAGUAAAAAAUGCCCUAUGUACAUAUACGGUUAUUAAAGCUGUCCAUAGGUAAGAACGCCCGUAAUUGCAAUGGACGGAUAUGCCCCAGUAGACGGAAUAAGGCCCACUAACCUUACAUAUAUAUUUGCAGUCUUACUUAUAAACUUGUUUUGGCGUUAAGAUAGCUGCCAAAAACAUCAUCGGUUUCCUAGUUUAAAUCUUAUUAAUAGGCAAGAUGGCGGCUUUUGACUCACAGAUGAUCGAGUAAAUUUGUGUUUUAACUACGCAUAGCUUUGCAAAAUUUUUAUAAGUAGGAUUGUUGGUCUGUACAUAUUCAUUUGAAACUUGCAUUUCUAAAGAUUGUGUUUGAGUACUUGUACUUGCCUAGACAGCUACUAUUAUAACUCCGCCUAAUUAAUAAUGAGCCAUUAUUCAAAAAAUUCUGGACAUCCCUUUAUCUUGUUAGUUUUAUAAAAAUUAGAAAUUACGUCGCAUUUUGAGGUUUAUUUCAUUAAAAUUAAAUCGCCUGAUUAUAAAUAUUCGAUGUAUAAAAUCUUAUUGUAUUACCAUAAAUAUAUAAUUUUCUUCAACGUGGACAUUUGAAAAUGUUAUUAGUAAUGGCAACGAAUUAAAUAUUUUAUUGGCUUAAAUAUUUAGUAAAGGUUUUCCAGCUUGUAAGACUUUUCAAUGUAUAAGACGUAAUAGAAACAAGAUCAUAGAUAUGCGUUUUUAAAUAGAUAAAAGUAAGUGGCGAAGGGUGGAAUACUCGGAAAGGAAAUCCGACACAACAUAGGUAACGAUUUGCAAAUUGUUCUAAUGAUAUUUAGAUAUAGCAUUAAUUAUGAAAGGGAAGCCGGUAAAAAUCGUGUUAUAUGAUUUACACAGGAAAGUAAUUUUGUGUGAAUGUUUUGACUACUGUUAAUUUUAUUAAAGUAAAUGCAACUGAUUUUGUCAUUUUGAUACAUAUGUGUUGAAAAUAUUAUACAAAGUUUUGUAUCAACCAAAGUUAUCACAAUAUUAGAACGGGUGCCGCAUUUAAUUUGUAUGAGAGCAGUGUUUCAUAUAACAAGGCAUGUCUAGAUAUUUAUGUCCAUGGCUAACUAUUCUGUAGGUAAACUCUAGGCGUUCAAUUUUAGAGUUCAAAAUCUAAUAAAUAUUUUAACAAGUACGGCAACACCUCAUUAUUUUCAAUUUUAUUUCACUACGUCAAGAAACGUUGUUAACACAAAUUGGAUUAGUUGAAAAACGAAGAGGUUUUAUGCAUUCAAUUGACAGCUUCUCGGGUACUGCCAUGUAACCAGUGAUAUUAUAUUAUAUCUGUAUAUAUAAUAAAACAGUAGAACCUGGGAAUAUCUGUAUAUUGUAAGAAAGUUAAAAAUGGAAACAGGGGAAUACAGGAGAGUAUUAGAACACAAAUCAGUAAUUUUUUGAAUUAUUUUAUUUUUUGGCAUUGGUAUUUUAAUGUAGUUUUCACAGGUGGACAUUAAAAUCUGACGUCGAAAAAUACGUCAUGCGUGAGAAGCCGCGGCCACAGCAAGUGUUAUAGAAAAGCAAAAUUAUCCCAAUUGGGACGAUUGCAUACACUACGCGUAAAUAACGUGCAUUAUUUGUACUGGUUAAAACACAUCAAAUUACCCGACACAUAAUGUGUAGAAUUGCGCACUUAAAAUGUUCAAAAAUACACGACAUAGAAGUCGAUGUUUGUGAUCGAGCGAAAAACAAUGCAUCAAUCACAUGUAGGUCUCUCAAACGACACGGAGUCGUGUGUUUUUUUUCACAUUCCACACAUAACAUUUGUUUGAUUUGGUAUGCCAUAUCUAUAAUAAUAAUAAUAUCAGCCCUGUAUAAUAUACUUGCCCACUGCUGAGCACGGGCCUCUUCUACUACUGAGAGGGAUUAGGCCUUAGUCCACCACGCUGGUCUAGUGCGGAUUGGUAGAAUUCACACACCUUCGAAAUUCCUAUAGAGCCAUAUCUAUACUAUUGAUCAAUUGUUGCACGCAACGUAUUGUAUUCUUCAAUGUGUAUGUAACGUUUUAUAAAGUUUGCUGGCCAGACAAUUAUGAGCCCUAUAAUGUUAAAUUGAGCGCAUAGAGUUCAUCGUUACAAUUUGAACAUGAAAUGAGAACAAUAUUUUAUCACUUUGCAAAGCAAUAAUUAUGAUUAUUAUGUUAGAAUAUAGGAUAUUAACAUUUCAUUUUAUAUUUAUUUAUAGUUUUAAUUAAAUUGAACAUUGUAUUGUAGGUAAUGUAUAUUCGAACGAGUAAUCAGAUAGAUCAAUUAAUGUGAUGAUUUUUUAGAUCUUUAUUUCAUUGUAAAUAUUUUUAGAUUUACAAUACAGAAAAUAAAUACUUCCAAAG